UAACCCGGAUGCAGGAAGAGAGAAGUAACCCGGAUGCAGGAAGAGAGAAGUAACCCGGAUGCUGCUUGGCGUCGCAAACAUGUCCAACUUGUCGUCUUUUUUGCUUCUUGCUGCUCUUUUGUCUCCCGGGAGGACGGCGGAGGUGUCGCUGUGGAAUGUGGACAUCAACUCGACCCAGCAUGCUGUGUUCCGGAAGACACUAUAUGCCAACACUACCAUCUUCAUGAAGUUCCAGGGCGACGUGGGCUCAUGCGAGCGAACUGUGGCCUUCAACAUCAGCUGGUACCUGCGCUCCUCCGUCUGCUACAACGAGGUCUUCAACACGCCGGACAACAAGGCCAUCAACAUGUUCGCCAUGGAGCACAUGCUGAAAGAAGGCUGGAGUGGCUUCUACAGCCAGGGCUACGUCUACUUUGACAACUGCUCCGCUCUCUUCUCGCCAAAGGUGUAUUAUGCAGACUUCAAUCCCUACCAACCCCUGUCCAGUCCCAAGAGUGACCCUUCCAACCAGAGCCUGACUUGGCCCGACAAGCCGGACAUUGGUGCUGUGGCCAAGGCGUGGGAGGACAGCCCUUACCUGUUCAUCGUCAAGGUGCAGCCAGUCUUCCGCGGCCUGGAGGAGGAGGACUUCACUUUCACCAUGAAAGUGGAGAUGAAGGGACCACAUGACUAUUCAUCCCCAGCAGACUGGCCCCAGAUGAUGUUCUUCAUGGUCAUGUGCAUCGUCUACGUCUUCUUCGGGACCCUCUGGCUCUUCUGGUGCGCCUGCUACUGGAGGGACCUGCUGCGCAUCCAGUUCUGGAUCAGCGGCGUCAUCAUCCUGGGCAUGCUGGAGAAAGCCGUCUUCUACUCAGAGUAUCAGAGCAUCCGCUACCGAGGCGACUACGUGGAGGGAGCGGUGAUAUUUGCCGAGCUGCUGUCUGCGCUGAAAAGAUCCCUGGCCCGCAUCCUGGUCCUCAUCGUCAGCCUCGGUUAUGGCAUCGUCAAGCCCAGGUUAGGAACUACGGUGCACCGGCUGGCAGCCGUCGGGCUUCUUUACCUCCUCUUCUCUUCAGUGGAGGGCGUGCUGAGAGUGACGGGGGGUUUCUACGGGACGGUCGCCCUGGUGGCCAAUCUCAGCUUGUCCCUCAUCGACUCCUGCGUCAUGUGGUGGAUCUUCAUCAGUCUGUCGCAGACCACCCGGCUGCUGAAGCUGCGCAGGAACGUGGUGAAGCUCUCCUUGUACCAACACUUCACCAACACCCUCAUCUUCUCCGUGCUCGCAUCCAUCAUAUUCAUCAUAUGGACCACCAAAGUCUUCAAGCUGGUGGACUGCCAGAAGAGCUGGAGGGACUUGUGGGUGGACGACGCAUUCUGGCGUCUCCUCUUCUCCACCAUCCUUCUGGUCAUCAUGGUGCUGCUGAGGCCCUCCGCCAACAGCCAGAGGUUCUCCCACUCGCCUCUCAUCGACGAGGACGACGACGAGGACGGCGCCAAGGAGCCCAUGUUGAAUGAAGCAUUUGAGGGCAUGAAGAUGAGAGGUUCCAAGCCAGAUGCAAACGGAUCCCAGAAGCUGCUGAGCAAAGAGCAGGAUGAAGAUCUGAAGUGGGUGGAGGAGAACAUUCCCACAACCGUUGCUGACGUCGCCCUGCCUGCAAUGCUGGAUGAGGAAGAGGAGAUCCUGAAAACAAAGAUGGAAAGAUCCAAAAUGGAGUAGAGGUGUCAGCGGCCCCCAGGAGUCUGUCCACAGGACUGUGGCAGGACUCCACUAAACAAGCUCUCAUCUAUUAUGAUAAUUAUUAUUGACUCCUAAGAGUGAAAUGAUGAGGCUAAAUGUUGUUGUGCUGCACGGAGACACGUGAGAGUCAAACCCAGGACACUUGAAGGCAGCUCCUGCUCCUCCAACACAAGUCUCCCGACAUCAUCAGUAACUCUUCAUCUGCUUGCUGUGACACAAUGUGUGCAAUCUACUGAAGGAACCUCACUAAUGACUUCAUUCAUGCGUGUGGGACUUGUAAAAAAGAUGUAGGAUAUAUACUAACAUGGUAUAUAAAUAUAUGUAUUGUCGCCUAAAGAUGUAUGAUAUAUACUAACAUGAUAUAUAAAUAUAAAUAUUGUCGCCUAAAGAUGUAUGAUAUAUACUAACAUGAUAUAUAAAUAUAAAUAUUGUGGCCUAAAGAUGUAUGAUAUAUACUAACAUGAUAUAUAAAUAUAAAUAUUGUCGCCUAAAGAUGUAUGAUAUAUACUAACAUGAUAUAUAAAUAUAAAUAUUGUGGCCUAAUCCCACUUUUGGGCGGCGAGUCCACAAAGUGAUGUGAAGUUGAUACUUUAGGCAUCAAAAUGGCCCUCAAAUAAAUUUUUUACUGAAUGAU